GUCUUUCACUGAAUCUCUUUCUAACAGCAAUUGGCCAUUCUUGACUCCUCUGAGUCUGUGCUACAUAUUAAACCGCGAACUAAAUUAAUGACACCGGUGAUCAGAUACAUACUACCAACAUAGCUCAUCAUACAGCACUUAACCUACACAUAAGGCACAAUGACAAGUCGCCAACCCCUUCGCGGCUCCUGUCAUUGUGGGCGCAAUCAAUACCUUAUACAGCUCCCAGAGGACGUCUCUGAGCACGCAGAGAUCUACUUUGACAGUAGUCGGGAUAGCCGAAGAAUCCACGGAACGCCUCUUACUGCAUGGCUUCGAGUCCCUUUGGACUGGUAUCAAUCUCAUACUGAAUCCUACUUCGACGACGAAUCGCGUGCGACAAUCCGGCGCAUCUUCUCCCCCGCUCACGCCCCGCAUACACAGCACGCUUUCUGCGGAUUUUGCGGAACACCUCUCUCAUAUUGGACUGAUGCUCCCAGUGACGAGGCGAACUAUAUGUCGGUGACAAUUGGGAGUCUUUCGGGGGAUGAUCAACGAUUGUUGGAGUACCUGGGCCUUCUUUCCGAAGAUGAGGAGGGCGAAGUGGAAUCUGAAGGUAGCCGGGAGGACCGGUCGACUGAUAUGCCACUUCGCACAACGCAGGCACCCUUGCCGCUUUCCCAUACUAUCAUACCUCCCUCAGGUGAGACGCGGGGCGUUUCUAAGACCUAUAGACAAGGCACGGUAGCUGGGAUCCCGUGGUUUGAGGAGAUGAUCGAGGGCAGUCGACUGGGUCGCAUGAUGAAGUCUAGACGUGGGUUCGGUGUCAGUGAUGAUCAAUCAACAACGAUACAAUGGGAGGUUAGCGAAUGGACGCACGAUGGGUCAGAGGGAGCUCAAUCUAGUUCGUCUGGGAAGCGGAAGCGUGGGCAGCAUGCUAGCGUAGAGGAAAAUGGAUCCCCGUAAACUAGAAAGGUAAAAGAACAAUGCACUAUGCACUAUGCUUAAUUAAUACAGUUAUCAUGAUUUAGUCUUUGGCCCUAGGUUAUUGUAACAUAACCAAGAAGUCAUAGGACAUAUCUUAGCUAUU